AUGUCUUAUUUUGCAACAACUCAUUCUGGACCUGAUCCAACAAACACUUGUGAUAAAUCCAGUGAUUAUUACUUCAAGAUUGACAAGUCACCUUUCUAUGUCUGGGCUUUGAUUAUUGACCCCCGCAUCUCAUACUAUGGGCUAUACAGUGACUGCAGUGAUGAUGUCACUGCAACUGCAUAUCAAGAUGCAGAAGAGCAAUCUGCAUGCUCUUUUUAA